AUGGGCGUCUUCUUCAUUGAAUGGGGCUUCUUCAUCCCACUCGAGUACAUUGCAUCAUAUACGCUAGCGAUGGGGCUGUCGCCACGCCUCUCCUCGCUCAUGGUUGUGUUUCUGAACGCGGGCUCGUUCCCUGGUCGUUGGCUGCCGGGUAUCCUGGCGGACCGGAUUGGGCGCUUCAACACGCUGAUCCUGGCGAAUGUGCUCUGUCUGGUUUCCGUGCUGGCUAUCUGGCUGCCGGCGCAGGGGAAUGUGGUGGCGGUCGUGACCUUCGCGGUGGUGUUUGGGUUCGGCAGCGGGAGUAACAUCAGUCUAGUGCCAGUGUGCGUGGGCGAACUGUGUCCGACGGAACAGUAUGGACGAUACUACACCACCGUGUAUACGAUUGUCAGUCUGGGAGCCUUGACGGGUGUCCCAAUCGCUGGGGAGAUUCUGCACCGAUGCAAUGGCGAGUAUUGGGGGUUGAUCGCGUUUGCUGGCUGUGCAUAUGCAGCCGGGCUGGGUUGUUUUAUUCCUGUGAAAUUCAUGUCUAAACGAUGA